CCCAUCUUUACAUCCUGAACCCGACCACCGCCACCACCGUCUCUGUCUCCCUCUCCUCUCUCCGUUUCGAAUCCCUUCUCUCUCCCUUCCCUCUCUCUGCCACUUCGAUCAAAUUCCCUCCUGAUUUUUUUUUUUCAUGGAGUUUGGGGUUGAUGGUGAUAGUGAGGUGGUGGGCAAUUCGACUCUGGUGGAGGAUAGCAAACCUCUUGAUGAAAAUGAAACAGGAGUAAGUUCUAUUGAAAGGAUUUUUGAUCAGGACCAGGAUGAGAAAAUAAUUCAGGAUUCAACUGGAAGAAAUGCAAUUUUGGAUUCAGUUCCUGGAUUGCCCAUAGUUCAAGCAGACGAGCCUUAUGUUGGUCAGGAAUUUGAAAAUGAGGCGGCAGCGCAUGCAUUUUAUAAUUCUUAUGCUACGCGUGUGGGAUUUGUUAUUCGUGUUAGCAAGCUCUCACGAUCAAGACGUGAUGGGACGGCUAUUGGUCGUGCACUUGUUUGCAACAAAGAAGGGUACAGAAUGCCGGAUAAGCGGGAAAAGAUUGUGAGGCAGAGGGCAGAAACGAGGGUUGGUUGCAGGGCAAUGAUUUUGGUGAGGAAAGUAAAUUCUGGGAAAUGGGUUGUCACUAAAUUUGUGAAAGAGCAUACGCAUCCUCUCUCACCUGGGAAAGCUCGAAGAGAUUGCAUAUAUGACCAAUAUCCUAAUGAACACGAUAAGAUACGUGAAUUGUCUCAGCAGCUUGCAAUUGAGAAAAAGCGAUCUGCAACUUAUAAAAGGCAUCUAGAAGUCAUUUUUGAAUACAUCGAGGAGCAUAACGAUAGCUUGUCAAGAAAGAUCCAACAUAUAGUAGACAACGUGAAGGAGUUGGAAAGUGUAGAACAGCAGAAUCAUAGAUAGUAUUGGGCUAUACUUCUACAUACUCCCAGUUUGAGAUUCCAAAACGAAGAUGAUGGUAUAGUUGCUGGAUGAAUGAAGAAAAUUUUAGUUCAGAAUUAUUAUGAUAUGUUCCAGCAUUUAGAUGUCAAUUCAGUUUCACAAAAAUGGAGUAUACUUCCCAUGAUAUUUCAUUGCUUGUAAAUCGCAAUGUAUGUCAUGUUUUGUACAGCAUUCAAACGAUUUGUAUCUUAUCUUUCAUUAGUCAGUUUUUUUUUACCUUAUUAAUUUAUUUUCAAGUUAUUGAUGAACUCGUCUUUACAGACAUCAUAGAUAUUUGACCUUCGCAUCCUUUCGAUUUAUCUUCAAAAGGAAAUAAGACACAAGAAAUGAAAAAAAAAACGAUGGAUUUUCAGUUGUC